GUCGAAAAAAUCCAUUGAACGUUUGGCAAGCGGAGAGUUGGUGGUGAUAGCCGUCGUCUGUUUAUUAAAAAGAAAGAAACCCAUUUGUUUAACGUCAAACCGAAAUUGUUAAUUUUUUGUUGUGCAUUGUUGGGCUAUAAACAUAACAUUUUACACCUACACUUCUACGCUUGCAAAAACCGAGUGACGACUGGAAAAGUCGAUGUCAAUUUUCUUUGACUCUUAUCAGAAAUUUGCAAUUGCAGUGCAGAAAACCUUGAGAUUGUAAAACACGAAAAAGGGAAGACAAAACCCGGACGAUUCCAGGGAAACAGAAGACGUCCGUCGCGCAGUUCGAUCCGAAAAAUUUGUAAACUAAAUCGUUGUGAAAAAUGGAUAACCUAAUAACAAUUGUAAAUAAGCUGCAAGAUGCAUUCACAUCUCUUGGCGUGCACAUGCAAUUGGAUUUGCCGCAAAUCGCAGUGGUCGGUGGUCAAUCAGCGGGCAAAAGUUCAGUUUUGGAGAACUUUGUUGGCAAAGAUUUCUUGCCGCGUGGCUCGGGUAUCGUGACUCGUAGACCUUUGAUAUUGCAACUGAUCAAUGGAGUUACCGAAUAUGGAGAGUUCCUUCACUGUAAAGGCAAAAAGUUUGCGAGCUUCGAUGAGAUCAGAAAAGAGAUCGAGGAUGAAACGGAUCGUGUGACUGGCAGCAACAAAGGCAUUUCAAACAUUCCAAUUAAUUUGCGGGUGUACUCGCCCCAUGUACUAAACCUAACGCUGAUCGAUUUGCCGGGCCUGACGAAAGUGGCAAUUGGCGAUCAGCCGGUGGAUAUUGAACAGCAAAUUAAACAGAUGAUAUUCCAAUUCAUUCGCAAGGAGACUUGCCUGAUUCUGGCUGUGACACCGGCCAACACCGAUCUGGCCAACUCGGAUGCCCUCAAGCUGGCCAAGGAGGUGGAUCCACAGGGUGUUCGCACCAUUGGCGUUAUCACCAAGCUGGACCUGAUGGACGAGGGCACCGAUGCCCGGGACAUUCUCGAGAACAAGCUGCUCCCACUGCGCCGAGGCUACAUUGGCGUCGUGAACCGGUCACAGAAGGACAUCGAGGGCAGGAAGGACAUCCACCAGGCGUUGGCCGCCGAGCGCAAGUUCUUCUUGAGCCAUCCAUCCUACCGUCACAUGGCCGAUCGUCUCGGUACCCCCUACUUGCAGCGGGUGCUCAACCAACAGCUCACCAAUCACAUUAGGGACACGUUACCUGGCUUGCGCGAUAAAUUGCAAAAGCAGAUGCUUACAUUGGAAAAGGAGGUGGAGGAGUUCAAGCACUUUCAGCCCGGCGAUGCCAGCAUCAAAACAAAAGCUAUGCUCCAAAUGAUUCAGCAGCUGCAGUCUGACUUCGAGCGAACAAUUGAGGGCAGUGGCUCGGCCUUGGUCAACACAAAUGAGCUCUCGGGCGGCGCCAAGAUCAAUCGCAUUUUCCACGAACGUCUUCGCUUCGAGAUUGUCAAGAUGGCUUGCGACGAGAAGGAGCUACGGCGAGAGAUCUCAUUCGCAAUUCGAAAUAUUCACGGUAUUCGCGUGGGCCUCUUCACACCCGACAUGGCCUUCGAGGCGAUUGUCAAGAGGCAGAUUGCGCUGCUCAAGGAGCCGGUGAUCAAGUGUGUCGAUCUAGUCGUACAGGAACUUUCUGUAGUUGUGCGCAUGUGCACCGCUAAAAUGGGAAGAUACCCGCGUUUGCGAGAGGAAACCGAACGUAUUAUCACAACACAUGUGCGCCAACGCGAGCACAGUUGCAAGGAACAAAUUCUGCUGCUCAUUGAUUUCGAGCUGGCCUACAUGAACACCAACCAUGAGGACUUCAUUGGUUUUGCCAACGCUCAAAAUAAAUCAGAGAACGCCAAUAAAACUGGCACUCGUCAGCUGGGCAACCAAGUUAUACGCAAAGGUCACAUGGUCAUACAAAACCUGGGUAUCAUGAAAGGUGGAUCGCGUCCCUAUUGGUUUGUGCUAACAUCCGAGAGUAUCUCCUGGUAUAAGGACGAGGAUGAGAAGGAAAAGAAGUUCAUGCUGCCGCUGGAUGGUUUAAAAUUGCGUGAUAUUGAACAGGGAUUUAUGUCAAUGUCUAGACGUGUUACAUUUGCUUUAUUUAGUCCCGAUGGACGUAAUGUUUAUAAGGACUACAAACAACUGGAGUUGUCGUGCGAAACCGUCGAGGAUGUGGAGUCCUGGAAAGCUUCCUUCUUGCGAGCUGGUGUUUAUCCCGAGAAGCAGGAGACUCAGGAAAAUGGCGACGAGGAAGGACAAGAGCAACAAUCGGCCAGCGAGGAGAGUUCCACCGAUCCACAGCUCGAACGCCAGGUCGAGACCAUUCGCAAUCUGGUUGACUCCUACAUGAAGAUCGUGACAAAGACCACUCGCGAUAUGGUGCCGAAGGCAAUUAUGAUGCUCAUCAUCAACAAUGCCAAGGACUUCAUCAACGGGGAGCUCUUGGCACAUCUCUAUGCGUCUGGCGAUCAGUCCCAGAUGAUGGAGGAGUCAGCCGAGUCGGCCACCCGACGAGAGGAAAUGCUUCGUAUGUACCGUGCUUGCAAGGAUGCAUUGCAGAUCAUAGGCGACGUAUCUAUGGCCACUGUUUCCUCGCCAUUGCCUCCACCGGUUAAAAAUGAUUGGCUACCGAGCGGUUUGGACAACCCACGUCUCUCUCCUCCAAGUCCGGGUGGUCCCCGCAAACCAGCACCUUCCGCACAGAGCUCCUUGGGUGGACGGAACCCACCGUUGCCACCAUCUACAGGUCGCCCAGCUCCAGCGAUUCCAAAUCGCCCGGGAGGUGGAGCACCACCACUACCUGGCGGUCGUCCCGGAGGAGCUCUGCCCCCACCAAUGCUACCAUCACGUCGUUAAAUUGUUAUCAGCAUCGAGAUACAGAUACAUCUAGGGGAUGAACCUUCAAAAAUUAGCUUGCUGACGAUUUAACCAACACAGUCCUCAAUUCUACUUUCAACAAUUGAACUUUGAUAUUAUUCCGGCAAAAUCCAAAAGUAACAACGAUGGGAAAUCGAUACAUUUAAAUCGCUUGCGUAUUAUUGUAGUCAAUAUAUAAUCUGAAGCGUUAAAACCGAUAUAAAUUCUUAAUAUGUGAAAAGCAACUAGUCGAGAUGCACAUGAUUUCUUUAAUUCCAUAAGAUGUUUUUCGUAAUGUCUACUUUCCUGUGUAGAUAUACUAUACAAUAUAUGUACAAAUGUAUGUGCAUUUGUUCGUGCAUGUCUAAUUAUUAUUUAAUGUCCCCUUAUCAAUGGCAUACGCUCAAAAGUUAUGACAACUAUUUGUAUGGGCAGAUGCUUAGUGACGAUAUUAACCAAUGAUCUUAAUUAUAUAGCUAACUAUUAAUAAAUAGCUUUCGUUAACUGCAUUGUGUUGUUGUUGAUGUUAAACUAUGAAACCCAAUUAAAUUAGAAAAUGUUAGGUAAAGCAACGUUUAAAACAUUUCAAGUCAGUCACAAAGUAUUUCCUUGAACUUAAAAUAUAACUAUUAAAAUAGUAAACUAGCCCUCCGUUUAAUCGAAAAAAGUUAUUGCAAUUAACUAUGUAAGCAAGAUUUGCUUUCGCUUUUCAAAACGGGCAAUAUGACUACGCAGCCCGGCUAAAAUUGGCAGCUAUGUAUUUAAAAUCAAAAAGAAAUAAGCUUCAACGCUUUGUAUUUCUCGGUUCGUCAUGAAGAUUUUGUUACCGGUUUUGUGAGGAAAUUGCGUAUUCCCGUUCUGAUCAAAUUUGUCGGAAAUAAAAAUUCCAGCUAUCCCGUUUCCAAGAAACGAAAAGUUAUACGAUUAAGUUGCACGGUUUAAAAAGUUAGACCUUUGAGUUAACGGAUAUAUUCUGAGCAUCUUCCAAUUAAUUUAUAACUUUUAUUAGUUAAAAGUACAUUUUGAUAUAAUAACUUAUUUGUAUUGUCCAUUCCUUUAAAUAUUAUUUGUACUGUCCAUUCCUUUAAAUAUAUAUAUAGCUCUUUGUUUAAGUUUGGGCACUUUAUUAAAAAUGCCGGCCAGGAAAUAUAUCAAAGUACUACAUAUUAUUCAUAGGCCACUUAAAAUUAAACGAAAAUAUAAUACAAACUAUCUGUGAAUUAAUAUGGCAAUCUUAUUUUGAGUGGUUGGUAUCGAUUCCCAAUUUAAAUAAAAACAAUUAUUUAACAUAUACAGCUGUGUGCAAAAUAAUAAUAAUAAUAGCAGAGCCCUAUAAAUAACUAUUUAAUUUUGAAUUUUAUCCCUAUUUCUUGCCACGACAACCCAUUAAAUAAUGUUUCAAAUAUUUCCAUGUAAAUGUAUUAUUUUAAAUGUUGAUUACAAAUAUAAGUCAUGAAAAUACUCUUGUGACUUACUCAAAUGGAUUGUGACGAUGGAAAUAUGCAGCAACUUAUAUAACAUAUGACCAGUUUACGUAUACACAAAUAAAGUGCAUAAAUAAAUACAUAAAUUGUUCGUAUUACAUAA